AUGUGGGCCGAAAUGCUCAUGUGUGUAAUUUUCCUAAUCGCUAUCGAAUUAAGUUCUCAAGCCUCGCAGAACAACAGAAAUGCAAUACCACCAGGGCUUUCUCAAUACCCUCAAUAUUUUCCGGAUAUUUUGGCUGACGGACAGGAUCCUGCCCUUAUUGAAAGGGCUAGAUCGUAUGAAGAACAGAAAAAUAAAUUUAUGGAUUUCAUCGAUAAUAAGAUUGAGGCUGACCGAGCGAAAAUAGAGAAUAAUAGAGUUAACCGGAUUGAAAGGGCUAAACAGAAACGACUUAUACAGGCUAAAGAAUUUCGAGAAGCUCGGGCUCAAUUGCGAGCAUCUUGGACAAACCAGCCUCAAACUGAGCAAGUUAAUCAUCCGAUUCAGCAAAAUAUUUCCGGAAAUGAUAACGAGGCCAAACGAAUGAGAAUAGAACAAACGGCUAAAGGAGCAGGUUCUUCGAACAUGCAAACUCAAGCGGGCCAAUCACAUCAUCCGAUCAACCCUAAUUUUUCCGAAAAUUACAACGCUCAAUCGCAAUAUUCUUGGGCAAUGCAGAAUCAACAUGGUCAAUCUCAUCAACCAGCUGGAUCAUCUUCUCCCAACUUAAGCUCUCAAGCCUCGCAGGACGACAGAAGCGCAAUACCACCAAAGCUUUCUAAAUACCCUGAAUAUUUUCAGCAUAUUUUGGCCGAAGGAAAGGACCCUGCCCUUAUUGAAAGGGCUAGAGUGUCCGAAGAACAGAGGGAUAAAUAUAAGGUUUUCGCUGAUAAGAGGAUGGAGGCUAAACGAGCGAGAAUGGAGAAUAAUAGAGUUAAUCAGCAUGAAAGGGCCAAACAGAAACGACUUAUGCAGGCUAAAGAAUUUAAAGAAGCCCGGGCUCAAUUGCGAGCAUCUUGGGCAAACCAGCCUCAAACUGUGCAAGUUGAUCAUCCCAUUGAGCAUAAUAUUUCCGAAAAUGAUAACGAGGCUAAACGAAUGAGAAAAGAGCCAAAGGACUUUAGCUCUCAAGCCCGGCAGGACAAAGGAAACGACAUACCACAAAAUCUUUCUCAAUACCCUACAUUUUUUCAGCAUAUUUUGGCCGAUGGACAAGACCCUAUCCUUCUUGAAAGGGCUAGAGUGCAUGAAGAAGAGAGGGCUAAAUUUAUGGAUUCAUUAGAGGAAAAUAAGUUGCAGGCUAAACGAGCGCAAAUAGAGAAUAAUAGGGUUAUCCGGAAUGAAAGGGCUAAACUGAAUCGACGUAAACAGGCUAAAGAGUUUUAUGAAGCCCAGGCUCAAUUGCGAGUAUCAUCGACAAAGCAGCCUCAAACUGCGCAACUUAAUCAUCAGAUCGAGCAUAAUAUUUCCGAAAAUGAUAACGAGGCUAAACGAAUGAGAAAAGAGCCAAAGGGUAAAGAAGCAGGUUCUUCGAACAUGCAGACUCAAGCUGGCCAGUCUCAUCAUCCGAUCAACCCUAAUUUUUCUGAAAAUCACAAAGCUCAAUCGCAAUCUUCUUGGGCAAUGCAGAAUCAACAUGGUCAAUCUCAUCCACCAGCUGGAUCAUCUUCUCCCAGUGAAGAAGAUUAUUCGCCGCUGAUCCCAAACCUACAUCCUAACCGAUAUACCGGAUAUGACUGA